UCAACGCUGAAAAACUUUCCGGCGCUCGUUUAACGUUUAUUCGCUCACUUCAGAUCCUUCUAAUUCUAUGUAUGUGAUUUAAACGCGGUCCACCUCAAGAGUCAACUUGCCUCAAGCCGGGUUUUUACGGGAAAUUUCUAGUCAAAUGGCUGACGCGAACGCGCCGCGAUCAAGAAGGUGGCAAAGGCAAAAUACAAAGUUAUAAAAGCAACUCGAGCUGCAGGAGAACCUGCAUAACAAUCAUGCCAUUGUCUCCUACUUCUGUCUCUCCGUCCGUUUUGGUUGUCGGCGCUGGCCCUGUAGGCUCUGUGCUUGCGCUCACUCUACUCAAAAACGGAAUUCCCGUACGAAUCAUUGACAAGGCAGGCCCUCAGAUAGGUCAAAAGGGUGCCGGAAUUCAGCCUCGUUCCCUCGAAAUGCAUCACUUUCUAGGGACCCUUCCUGAUUUCCUCGAUGUGGGUAAGGUGCUGCCUCCAUGUGCCGUCUACAAAAUUCCUGGCGGAACCGAGAUUUUGAAAACUUUCGAGAUGAUUCCAUACGAAGAACCAAGGCCUGAUAUACCUUACAUCAAUGCCGUUAUGCUUGGACAACAUCGUCAACAAUCUAUUCUUCAUCGUCAUUUGGAGAAAUAUGGGUGUGAAGUCGAGUUUCACACCGAGCUUCGUUCUUUCAAGCAAUAUGAUGAUCAUGUCCUGGCCAUUAUCAUAAAAAAGAGUUCCGAUGGUACAGAGAUACCUGAGGAGAUCAAAGUGCCGUAUGUUGUGGGUGCAGAUGGAGCCCAUAGUACAAUCCGCCGAACUCUUGGAUUGACCUUCCUUGGCGAUACUCGUGAUGAUGUUAAUAUGGUAAUCGGUGAUAUCGAGGUCAAAGGUGGUUUGGAUCGCAAAUUCUGGCAUCUCUGGGGAGGAGGUUCCGCGAAAAUGGUCACCUUGAUACCUACCGAGGUUGACGAUAAUAUUUUUACCAUGAUUAUCGCAGGCAAUGAGAUUGAUCACGCGAAGACCGUCUCUGGACGGGAUGAAUUAGUGAAAACAAUCACCUCCAUCACAGACAGGAAUGACAUCGAGUUUGGGGAUCUGGUUUGGAUGUCGCGUUAUCGUCCGAACAUUAGAAUGGUAAAUAAAUUCGGGGAAGGAAAAGUUUUCGUUGCAGGAGAUGCUGCCCAUGUUCAUAGUCCAACUGGAGGGCAAGGCACUAACUCUGGCGUCCAGGAUAGCUUUAAUCUAGGAUGGAAAUUAGCUCUUGUUCUCAAAGGAUUCUCCUCACCUUCACUUCUAGAUACCUACACAGAGGAGCGUCUCCCAGUCAUUGCCGCUAUGCUUGACAAAUCCACUUUUUUGCUCAAUCGAGGCCUGGAAAAGCCUCGUUCUGACAAUAGUAACUGGACGCGAGGUGCAGAAUUCAAGCAACUUGGGAUCAAUUACCGUGGAAGUUCAACGUUGGUUGAUGAGACUACCGACCUCACCAAGGACCUCAUCCGUUCAGACUCAUAUAGUCUCGCCUCCGACGGCGUGGUCCAUGCUGGAGAUCGAGCUCCCGAAGCUCCUGGCCUUGAAGUUCUUCAUAGCGAUGGAAAUUUCACCACUAUGACCAGUCUAUUCGACAUUUUCAAACCAGACCAUCACACGGUGCUUAUUUUCAGCUCCUUAAGGUCUAAAGGAGAAGAAAUUGCGUCGGAGCUCCGUGGUUACGCCAAGAGCCUAGUCGAGACUGUGCUCAUCCUUCCCGCCCUCAGUCAAUCUGAACAGAUUGCUUCGGGACAGCAAUUCGGGGUCGAUCUGGUGUUACGCGACGGCGGUGGACAUGCGUACAAAGGUUACCCAGCUCUCCCUGGGUUAUGCACUGUCGUCGUUGUCCGCCCAGAUGGGAUCAUCGGUGCAAUUGUGGGAGGGGUAGAUGGUCUGCGUCAAUAUCUGAGCGGCGUUUUCCUGGCUUCAAAGUAAAUUGGAAAGGAUUGGAAGUAGCUGAAAUGGUAACUCUUCGAAAUGCUCGAAUAGAUAGAAGUCAAUGUAGGUCCACUUGAACAGUGAAUUGGAAGAUUUUGAAGAACGAAUCUACGCAUGCAUGCAAUUAGUCUGGCUGGCCGCUGUUAGUUCACGAAGAUGGUUUCGUGAAUAAAUGCAAUGGCCCCGACUGUUCAGUGCACGUGGUUGAUUUUUCCUUCAUUAUAUCUCACCACUCUUUGGCAAAGUUAGCACUGACACAGAUUCGAGUGAAGCUGAAGGUCUGAAUAAUGCCGCGGUGGGAUUGAGGAAUUUGGAAAGAUACGCACACAUCACUCGAAUGGUAUUGACAAGCCCCGGAGCACAGGACACUG